CGCGGCGCGCGCGGGGCGGGGAUUUCGGCGGUGCGGACGGUGGCUGUUGCAGGAUUCCUCCCAGCCUUCCCCCCCCCGCCGCGUUGGCCACGGGUCGGACUGGACUAGCCCGGCAUGGCUGUCGCGGGGCCGCCGCCGCCUCCGGGUCCAGCGCAGCAGCAGGAGCAGCAGGCGGAGCGCGUCGACGGCACCGUCAGCUUUGGAAGAGCCGCAGGGCCUGCUAAGAGCGAGAGGUCGUGGGCAGCCAGAGGGCUCUAAAGAGGAACCUGCCGCUCACCACUUGACCUGCGCUGCCCGCCCGCCCGCCUGCCUGCCAGAUUCCCUGUUCAAAAGACCUUCCCUCUCCACCAUGGGGGUUCUGUGAGCCCCAGGAAUCUGCUUGAGGCCUGGCUCCGGCACUGCCCUCCCCAGACCAUGUGGCGGCCACUCCCCCGAUGCCCAUUGCUCCUUUCGCCUCUUCUGCAAGUGACCGAGGUGGCUGCCGGCUGGGAAGCCCGCCUAGCGCUGUGGAUCCUCAGCUUUGCCUCGGCCGUGGUGCAGAUGGAGAGCCAGGUGUACUCUCCCACAGUCAACACACACUAUGGGAAGCUCCGGGGGGUGCGCAUGCCCCUGCCCAGUGAGAUCCUGGGUCCCGUGGACCAGUACCUGGGGGUACCCUAUGCGGCUCCUCCCAUCGGGGAGAAGCGGUUCAUGCCCCCUGAGCCGCCUCCCUCCUGGUCGGGGAUCCGGAACGCCACCCACUUCUCCCCGGUGUGCCCGCAGAACAUCCACACGGCCGUGCCCGAGAUCAUGCUGCCCAUCUGGUUCACAUCCAACCUGGACAUCGUGGCCACCUACAUCCAGGAUCCAAACGAGGACUGCCUGUACCUCAACAUCUACAUCCCCACUGAGGAUGUAAAACGGAUUUCCAAGGAAUGCGCCCGAAAACCCAACAAGAAAAUAUGUAGGAAAGGAGGCGGCUCCAGCGCUAAGAAACAGGGCGAGGACUUAGCGGAUAAUGACGGGGAUGAAGACGAAGACAUCCGAGACAGUGGGGCCAAACCGGUGAUGGUGUACAUCCAUGGCGGGUCGUACAUGGAAGGGACAGGCAACAUGAUUGACGGGAGCGUGUUGGCCAGCUACGGCAACGUCAUUGUCAUCACCCUCAACUACCGUGUGGGAGUGCUGGGGUUCCUGAGCACCGGGGACCAGGCUGCCAAGGGCAACUAUGGGCUUCUGGACCAGAUCCAGGCACUGCGUUGGAUCAGCGAAAACAUUGCCUUCUUUGGCGGCGACCCCUUACGCAUCACUGUCUUCGGUUCAGGCAUCGGCGCCUCCUGUGUCAGCCUGCUUACACUGUCGCACCACUCCGAGGGUCUUUUCCAGAGAGCCAUCAUUCAGAGCGGCUCUGCGCUGUCCAGCUGGGCUGUCAACUACCAGCCGGUGAAGUACACCAGCUUGCUGGCCGACAAAGUGGGCUGUAACGUGCUGGACACGGUAGACAUGGUGGAUUGCCUGCGGCAAAAGAGCGCCAAGGAACUGGUGGAGCAGGACAUCCAGCCGGCGCGUUACCAUGUGGCCUUUGGGCCCGUCAUUGACGGAGACGUCAUCCCUGAUGACCCCGAGAUUCUGAUGGAGCAGGGCGAAUUUCUCAACUAUGACAUCAUGCUGGGCGUCAACCAAGGCGAAGGCCUCAAGUUUGUGGAGGGCGUCGUGGACCCAGAGGAUGGCGUCUCAGGCAGUGAUUUCGAUUACUCCGUUUCCAAUUUUGUGGACAACCUGUAUGGCUACCCUGAAGGCAAAGACACGCUGCGCGAGACCAUCAAGUUCAUGUACACAGACUGGGCUGACCGGGACAAUCCGGAAACGCGCCGCAAGACGCUGGUGGCACUCUUCACUGACCACCAGUGGGUGGAGCCAUCGGUGGUGACCGCUGACCUUCACGCUCGCUAUGGCUCUCCCACUUACUUCUACGCCUUCUACCACCACUGCCAGAGCCUCAUGAAGCCACCCUGGUCUGAUGCCGCCCAUGGGGACGAGGUGCCUUAUGUCUUUGGGAUCCCCAUGAUUGGGCCCACCGACCUCUUUCCCUGCAACUUCUCCAAGAAUGACAUCAUGCUGAGUGCCGUGGUCAUGACCUACUGGACGAACUUUGCCAAGACUGGGGACCCCAACAAGCCAGUGCCCCAGGACACCAAAUUCAUCCACACCAAGGCCAACCGCUUCGAAGAGGUAGCCUGGUCCAAGUACAACCCCCGCGACCAGCUCUACUUGCACAUCGGCCUCAAGCCACGGGUGCGUGACCACUACCGUGCCACCAAGGUUGCCUUUUGGAAGCACCUGGUCCCGCACCUGUACAACCUGCACGACAUGUUCCAUUAUACCUCCACCACCACCAAGGUGCCACCCCCUGACACCACCCAGAACUCGCACAUCACUCGUCGGCCCAACGGCAAGGCCUGGAGCACCAAGCGGCCAGCCAUCUCCACUGCCUACACCAGCGAGGGCUCUCAGGAAAAGUGGAACCCAGAGCAGGACGGGGCAGGCACAUUGCUGGUUGAGAACCCCCGGGAUUACUCCACCGAGCUGAGCGUCACCAUCGCCGUGGGCGCCUCACUGCUCUUCCUCAACGUGUUGGCCUUCGCCGCCCUCUAUUACCGCAAGGACAAGCGCCGUCAGGACACGCACCGCCAACCCAGCCCCCAGCGUGCCACUGCCGCCAAUGACAUUGGGCACGCUCCGGAGGAGGAGAUGCCCUCGCUGCAAGCCAACCAGACCCACCACAGCGACUGUGAGGCGGUGCAGCCCCACGAGGCCCUCCGCCUCACCGCCUUGCCCGAUUACACGCUCACCCUGCGCCGCUCACCGGACGACAUCCCACUCAUGACGCCCAACACCAUCACCAUGAUCCCCAACUCCCUGGUGGGACUACAGACCUUGCAUCCUUACAACACCUUUGCUGCCAGCUUCAGCAGUACUGGGCUCCCGCACUCACACUCCACAACCCGGGUAUAGCUGCCCAAGCGCCCGCACUCCCGCGCACAUGCCACUCCACCCUCACCGGACCUGGCGCUGCGGGGUCAGACAUGGCGAGCUUCCCCUUGACUCGCUCUUUGGGGAUUUCAUUUGUAUCAAGUGCUUUGACUCUCCUAGAGGCCCAGCAGGGGCUGUCUUGGCUAAGUGGAGCGUAGCCCGGCCGAGGAAGCCAAAACUGUGCUCUCUCCAAGAGCCAUCCCACUCUCUGCUUCUGAGUCCAGCCAGACACUGCCCAGGAGGAGAGCAGAUGUCCUCUGGGCCUGUUGGAAGCGGCCCGGAGCCAUGUGACCAUUCUUGGGGGGGGGGCCUAACUGGCACCUUUGGAACGGAGUUUGCCUGCCACUCCCUCAUUACUGCUAGAGAUUUACCAAUCAGUGCCAUGCAGAAGCAGCUCUGGUGGGCUGAGUUGCCACGCUGAGGCAGUGGCUUGGGAUUACUGGCACUACCGUGCCCCAGGAGGCACCCGACAUGGGUGGUCUGGUACUGGGCACCCAAAGCGCCGGUGCCGAGUCCUGGAUAUAGCCUGGACUUGUUGCUGGGCCCAAUAGAUGCUGUCUGGGUGACUCCCCACACACUCUUCUUCAUCUUGCAGAGAAAACUUUUCCUGUCUGUCCGUUUCUUUCCAAAAGACGUUUUUUAAGCAGAUCUUUUAGUUCUUUAAAACACUAAUGGAAGACGCCGUGUUUUGUCCUUUGUAAAGGUUUUAAACUUAAGUGUUCUUGAUAAAAAAAAAAAAAGCCAGUUAGACACACACACCACAGACACACACACACAUCCCAUCAGCACCGCCGCGGGCUCCUCCAGCAUCGACCGGUGCCAAACUGAGAAACCAGCAGACUUCACUCGGGGCAGAGCAGGCCACGAGACCUUUUUGUAUUUUUGAUACGCCCUUCCUCUGCCACUCAUAAUCUGGACGUGUCAACCAACCAAUCUGUGAUCUGGAGAUACCCGAGGGGCGGCCUGGCUCCUUCCUUCUCGCCCCCUUGCUACUGCCGCCCACUGCUCAGUGGCCAGCCUGCCCCCCUCCCCUCCCCAGCCACUGUGCCAAAUCUCCUGGAGGUUAAACCCUUUUGGAGCUCAGGCCAGUCUGUCCCUUCCCAGCCCCACAGCCCUCCU